AAGCAAAAUUAAAAUAAGAAAAAAAGAAAAGUUUUUCGACAGCAAAAGUGCGAAACGCAGAAACGACGAGAAAUGCUGGCGAAGGACGCGAGCGUACCGACCUUCGAUCUCCCCGACGACGUAUUACGCGUCCUGCCCUCCGAUCCCUACGACCAGCUCGAUGUUGCCCGGAAGAUCACCUCCCUCGCCCUCUCCGCCCGCGUCUCCGACCUCGAGUCCGAGUCCUCCUCCCUCCGCGCCGACCUCGCCGACCUCCGGUCCCAGGUCGACUCCCUCGGCGCCUCCCUCGCCGACGCCGCCAAUCGGCUCGCCCGAGCCGACCACGAGAAGGAGGAGUUGCUGAGAGAGAACGCUUCGCUGUCGGAGACUGUGAGGAAGCUGAAUAGAGAUGUUGCGAAGUUGGAGGUAUUCCGGAGGACGCUUAUGCAGUCCCUUCAAGAGGAUGAUGAAAGCUUUGCAGGAACACCGCAAAUUAUUGCCAGGCCAACACUAAGUGAAGAUGAUGGUUCCCUGCCUCCUUCAAGAUCAUCAUCGAUUCAGAGCCGAUUAUCAGAAAUGGGAAACUCAUCAGUAGAGGAUCCUGAAACAGAAGAUUCGCGACCAGGGAUAUCACAUGGCCUGAUAUUCAGUUCGCAAAUGAGCACUCCCCGGUUCACUCCUCUUGGAUCUCCUCUAAGUUUCUCUCUAUCUGCGUCCCCUUCAAGAGUUUCGAAGGCAGUGUCUCCAAGACGACAGCCCGCAUCAUUUGCAACCCCAGUGGACAAGUUUGAUGACAGGUCCUCCACGCGCUCUUCGUCGCGCUUAAUCCGCCAUGGUUCUUUAGGAGCCUUCGAGGCAGUAUCUCAAACGGGAAUAACUCGAGUCGACGGGAAAGAAUUCCUACGGCAAGUGAGGACCCGAUUACCAUAUGAACAGUUCGCUGCUUUUUUGGCAAAUGUUAAGCAAUUGAAUUCUCACAGGCAAUCAAAAGAAGAGACUCUACGGAAUGCUGCCGAGAUCUUUGGUUCAGAGAAUAAGGAUCUCUAUGAUGUAUUCGAGAGAUUCUUGACUCGCCGUGCUGAUUAAAUGCAUGGAUUGGCGAACAAAUGCCUUAAUGAUGCAGGUGCUGCCUGUAAAAUUAAUUCUCAUCACUUCCACAUUGAAUAAAUUUAAGCUCGUCAUGAUCGGAGACGAGGUUUUGAUCCUGCAAUGACAUUGACAUUGGUUUGGAUUCAACCAAACAUCCUCAUCUGGGGGUGGAUUGUGGUCGUCUGUGGUCUUGGAGAUUUACUGCUGUUAAAAGAUUGCGCGCUUCAAAAUCUUUU